AUGACACCCAAACCCACCACGGCCACCGCCGCCGCAGCCGCCGGGGCCACUGAGCUCACUGCCUCCGCCGCCGCCGCCGAUCUUUCUACAGCCCCCGGCGGCGGCGGCGCCGCCGCCGCCGCCAGCAGCAUCACUAGCAGCAGCAAUGGCCCCUCCGAGCAGCCCUCCGGCAUGUCAUCCGAGGCUGCCUUACUGGCGGCCAUCAGCGAGGUUCCCACCCUGAGUCGGUUGGUGGUCCGGGCGGCGAACGAGGACCUGGGCCGGGGAGGAGGGAAGGGAGCAGCAGGAGGAGGAGGAGGAGGAGGAAUUACCAUUACGGAUUCCCCCAUUGUGGCUGACCCCGUGGGGCCCUUCGUCCCGCGGGUGUACUGCUUCGUACAGGCCACUUUGCAGCAACGUAAUCUGCCGGCCAACGCCCAGAGGAGGUACAACAUCACGGCGGCGUUGACGGCGGUCGGCGACGGUACGGCAAUGGAUAGCGGCACCGGCGGUGGGGGUGCUGCUGCUGUGCGCGCGCUGGUCGGGAUGCCGCAGGAACUCCACGCGGACGUUCAGUUGGUCAGCGUGUCACCCUCCGGGAGGACCGCCCUGGAGCGCACCCCCGCCUGGUGCGGUCCUGAGUCGUUGAAGGACGCCGCGGGCCCCCGUAGCUGGCGGGGGGUGGGUGCGGCGGGGGAGGACUGGGGGGAGCUCAACACGGGGAAGAGGCCCCCGGCGGUGUACGUGCUGGACGUGGAGAGGAGGGAGGUGGUCAAGCCAGCCACGUCAGCGCCAACGACCAACGGAAUUGCAUCAGAGUCGUUGGACGAUACAACCGCUAUUACAACUACCGCAACCACCACCGGCGGCGGUCCUAACGGUCUCCUGAUGGUGGCCUGGCCCCAUAAGCCGCCGCCAUCGUUUCCGCGCCUCGCGGCGUCCAUUAACUGUCGGAAGUUGGGGGUAGUUUUCUGUUACAACCGCUCUGCGCACUUGUACCAUGUGGCAGUACGGCGCGGUGCUGAUGGUGUACUGCAGUUUGGAUCCUGGGCCCGGCGUCUGGCUCCUUCCCUGGAGAGCUGCCUGAGCCCCGCGUUCAGUCCAGGGGGUGACGUGCUGUGUUUCGUGUCGCAUUCGGAGGCUGUGACGACGGGAACCCACGGCGGUACGGCACGUCUGUACCGCAUGGAUUGGUCACCUCAGGCCGGUGGCCCUCUGACUGGCCCGAGUGCGGAUCCGGAGUUGGUGGUGGAUGUGGUGGAGCGACCCGCGGGUCACUCCGCCUUCCCUGGGCUCUACACCGCAGCCAUUCCCGAUGACGGAUUCCUGGGCUCCGAAACUCUGCUGGUCAACACCCAAUGGGGAGCGGUCAACGCCAUCGUGGCGAUGAACAUCAAGGCACCGGAAAAAGGCUCACCAGGCGCUGACGGCAGUGCCAACGGCAGCGACGACAUGAGGGCAGCGGCGGCGAUGGCGGUGCCGGUGCCGCUGACGCCGGUAUCGCCAGGAACCGCGUUGUACGGCAACUGGACAUUAAUGGGCGUGGCGGGCGGCGUGGCGGUGGCGAGUCGCGUCGCGCCGGAUGCCCCUGCGGAGCUCUACGUGGCUAAACUGCCGGCCGAUCCUGCCUCUCUCACCGCGGCUGACGGCAGCGGCGGCGGCAGCUCCCUCGUCUGGCAGCCUCUGGAGCUGGGAGCCCCCCCAGGAUACGGCAGUGCUGGCGGCGGCCUGCGAGAGGAUCUGCCACCUGUCGUACAGGAGACGUUGGAUAAUCUGGAUUUCCAGGUACUCCGCGUUACACCCCCCGGUCCUGGAGUCGGUGAUGCUGAUACCUCGGCCGCUUUUGAUUGCCUAAUUUGGCUACCCAAAGACAGAACAGGUCCCGUACCUGCCGUACUUUCCCCCCACGGUGGCCCCCACACCGCCGUAACCCUGGGCUGGUACCCCUCCUUCGCGCUGCUCACCCGCCUGGGGUAUGCCGUACUGUGUCCCAAUUACCGGGGCAGUACGGGGUACGGCCAGUCGGCCCUGCUCAGCCUCCCGGGCCGUAUUGGACGACAAGAUGUGGACGACUGCAUGGCGGCGUUGGAAACUGCCGUACAGCAAGGUCUGGUUGAUCCCUCCCGGGUGUCCGUGGUGGGCGGCAGCCACGGCGGCUUCCUGACAGCGCACCUUCUCGGUCAGCACCCGGGGGCCUUCCGCUGCGGCGUCAUGCGCAACCCCGUCACCAACAUAUCGGCCAUGGUGGCCGCGUCGGACAUACCCGACUGGUGCUAUGUGGAGGUCCUUGGAAGCGAGGAGGGCUGCCGCCGCGCCGCCCCCGUCGCCACCCCAGCCGACUUGGCGGCCAUGUACGGCGCCUCACCAGUGUCGUACGUCGACUCCGUAACUGCCCCCGUGUUUAUGAUGCUGGGUGCCCGGGACCGUCGUGUUCCGCCCCUGGACGGAUUGCAGUACUUGAGCGCCCUGCGGGGGAGGGACGUGGGGGCUGCGGGGGCUGCCCCCCCGCCCCCAACCCGGCUUAUUGUAUUCCCAGAGGACUCUCACGGCCUGGAUAAGCCCCAGACGGAAUUCGAGCAAUGGAUCAAUGUGGUGUGGUGGCUGAAGAGCUAUGCAGGGCCUGAGGCAGCAGCGGAAGGGGCGAGAGUCCAUACGCAAACAACCGCUGUCACACAAACGGGGGGUUUCCCUUCUAGCCGUUAG